AUGGCGUCCGCCGUUUUCUUCCUCGACUUGAAGGGCAAGACCCUGCUUGCCCGCAACUACCGCGGUGACAUCCCAAUGUCGGCCGUCGAGAAGUUCCCCGUCCUCCUAAGCGAAGCAGAAGAAGAAUCAUCCGCCGUUCCUCCGUGCUUCUCACACGAGGGUAUCAACUACCUCUACAUCCGUCACAACAACCUCUACCUUCUCGCCCUGACAAAACGAAACACCAACGCCGCCGAGAUCCUCCUCUUCCUGCACAAAAUCGUCGAAGUCUUUACGGAAUACUUCAAGGCCCUUGAGGAGGAAUCCAUCCGCGACAACUUUGUCAUCAUUUACGAGCUUCUCGACGAGAUGAUGGACUUUGGCUAUCCGCAGACCACCGAAUCCAAGAUCCUCCAAGAGUACAUCACGCAGGAGUCCCACAAGCUCGAGAUUCAGGCUCGCCCCCCCAUCGCCGUCACCAACGCCGUCUCCUGGCGCUCCGAGGGCAUCCGUUACCGCAAAAACGAGGUCUUCCUCGAUGUCGUCGAGAGCCUAAACCUACUCGUCAGCGCCAACGGCAACGUCCUGCGCAGUGAGAUCCUCGGUGCGAUCAAGAUGAAGUGCUACCUCAGCGGCAUGCCCGAGCUGCGCCUCGGCCUCAAUGACAAGGUUAUGUUCGAGACGACUGGCCGCACCACCCGCGGCAAGGCCAUCGAGAUGGAGGAUGUCAAGUUCCACCAGUGCGUGCGCCUGUCGCGCUUCGAGAACGACCGCACCAUCUCCUUUAUCCCGCCCGACGGCGAGUUCGAGCUCAUGAGCUACCGUCUCAACACACAGGUCAAGCCCCUUAUCUGGGUCGAGUGCGUCGUCGAGAGCCACAGCGGGUCGCGUAUCGAGUACAUGCUCAAGGCCAAGGCCCAGUUCAAGCGGAGGAGUACGGCCAACAACGUCGAAAUCAUCGUGCCCGUCCCUGACGACGCCGACACUCCGCGCUUCCGCACCAACAUUGGCGCCGUCCACUACGCCCCUGAACAGAGCGCCAUCGUGUGGAAGAUUAAGCAGUUUGGUGGCAACAAGGAGUUCAUGAUGAGGGCGGAGCUGGGUCUUCCUUCGGUACGGGGCGAUGACGAGCACGGUGGCGGUAUGACCGGCGGCUUCGGCGGAAGCAUGGGUGGCGUCGGCGCGCCGGGCAAGGGCGCCAAGAGGCCGAUUCAGGUCAAAUUCGAGAUCCCCUAUUUCACGACAAGUGGUAUCCAGGUGAGGUAUCUCAAGAUUACAGAGCCAAAGCUGCAAUACCCCUCACUGCCUUGGGUCAGAUACAUCACCCAGUCGGGAGACAUAGCAGUGAGACUGCCCGAUGCGGUAUGA